AUGGCCACCGGAUGGCCCUUGUUUCCUGGUUCCACGAUCGAGGAAGAGUUGACGUUGACCUUCAAGCGGCUAGGGAAACCCACGGAAGAGACCUGGCCAGGGAUAACAGAUCACCCCGAUUAUAGCAAAGCUCUAAAAUACGGUCCUUAUCCUGGGGAACCAAACGGAUUGCUCCAUGCGGCACCUCGCCUUUCACGCCGAGCGCAUACUCUCUUGUCCAGUCUACUGGUGUUUCAAGGAUCUCGACGCAUUUCUGCCGCGGACGCUCUGAAGCACAGCUAUUUUAGCGAUUCCAUGCGCUUAACCGUGCAAGCGCUUUCCGAAUUACCUCCUGCAGCUAGCAUAUUCGAAAUUCCUUCCGUUCGACUUGUCCCCGAUCCCGGACGAAGUGCAGGGUUUUUAAUCUCCGGCCAACUGAGCGGAAGAAACUGCGUGCAAAUGAAUGGGUUCAACGGCAACUCGAAGCUAAAGUAUCCUCACGACAAACUGUAUUGA